AUGUUUUGGCGAUUCGGAUUCUCUUCUACAUCUUCAUUGGAUACCCUUUUAGACAGGCCGAAUGUCAGUCUAGAGGAGAUCUUAGAUGAAGAUGAACUACUGCAAGAGUGUAAAACACAAAAUUCAAAACUCAUCAACUAUCUACAACAGCCUCGAGUUCUAAAACGAUUAUUCGAACAUGUCGUUGGCACAGCUGAGGUUGGAGGACCUGGAGGCAGAGAAUGGGAAGAAAAGGUGCGAUUCAAGUACCCGUACAUCGCUUCUGAGGUCUUGUCGUCCGACAUUUGGUCAAUCGUUGAUACAGCAUUAUCCAACAGUGAUGACUUAUUAGUACCUUUCUGGGAUUCUAUUUUAUCAAAAGGUGCAACGUCGAAUCCACCAACAAUCACUCAACACCAACAUCCUCUAUUCUCAGAAUCUCAAAAGUCACAGACGACGUUUGAUGGUCCAAAGUUGAACGCUUCACAUCUCCCGACUGUGCCUGGAGAAGAAGCAUCUAAUGCCGAGAAUUCAAACGUUGGUGUAUUGGGACUAGAGGUGAAAUCGAACGACGACGGCACCACACUAACAACAGCUCGCGAUAAUGGACCGGGUAAAAGUGUCUUGGCUGGCUAUUGGGCCAAAGUGAAUGGUGUCUUCUUGGACAAGAAGCCUAGAGAGAUGAUUGCAUUCAUCAAAGAGUUACCUCAAAUCGUUGAAUUAUUCGUUGCGCAUAUGGAAACACCUGCAGUUGUUGAUUUGUUAUAUCGCAUCAUUCAAUGUGAAGAAGCAGUGCAAAAUGUUGGUAUUAUAGACUGGCUUUCGUCGGAAGACCUCAUGCCUCGUUUGAUCGAUUUAUUAUCACCUUCGCAUUCAACGGACCUGCACAAUACCGUUUCAGAGCUACUAAAGGCUAUCAUUGCACUUUCUGCUCCAUCGCCGGCAAGCUUGACACAAGGCACAGGAGCUGAAGCAUUUGGAUUUGGUGGCACAGAUGCAAUGGGUGGUCAGGCAAAUGGACAAGUUGGCGGAGUGAACAACAGACUGGUUAGAGAACUCGCUAGCGAGACAAUCGUGCGAAAAAUGGUGGGUUUCAUGUUGGACGCCUCGCUUCCUUCCCGUUUGUCAAGACAAUUGUCCGAGGCAGCCGAAGAACAACGAAACGAAGAAGGAUUUACUUUUUCGGCAAAGAAGAAACGUGAUAAACCUUCAGUAACGGCGGCAGAAAGUCAAACACUUUCAUCCUUGAGUGAAGUUCCGCUGGAUCCACUGGAUAAGAGCGGAAAUAGUAGUGAUUCUGCUCUCGAUGAUGAUGAUUUGGACUUUGAUGCUGGCUCAUCGAGAAAGCCUCUCAAUCCAAGAGACACGCCAGCCAGCGGAGUGAGCGCAUAUGGUGGCAUUGGCCGUUCUCCAGGUGUGCUGGACCAUCACCGUGAUUCAACUGCUACCAUCAGACCAUCAACGAAUUCGCUCACGCCCCCCGUUCGGGCUCCUGAGAUCAAUGUUACCGCUGAAAGCUGCACAUCAACUCUUGUGACUUGUAUCGGUAUUCUGAUCGAACUUAUCCGCAAGAAUAACAGCGACUAUUUCGAACAACAUCUCUUCCACACUCUACGAACUCAUCUCUUACAAAGGCAACAGGAGAUAGCCGAACGCAAGGCAAGUAGAACUGUUAAUGCUUCAGAAGAAAAGGAUGAAGAGGCUCAACAGUCUAAAGGAGUGGACGGAGAGGAAGAUGAAGAUGACGAGAUGGAAGGUAUGGAAGAAGCAAUGGCAGAAUUGUCUGAUAAGCUCGGCAUCGUUCAUUUGGGUCCAAUGUUGCGUGUCUUGUGUGAACGAUUGGGUGAUUUCCAAAGUUUGAUCUCAAGACCAAGGGUAGACAGUACAGAGACUGUCAGUAGCCUUGGAAAGACUGCAGCUUUGACAUUUGAGAGAUAUCGCAUUACGGAGCUCUAUGCAGAACUCUUGCAUUGCUCAAACAUGGCAUUGCUGAAUCGUACUCCAGGAGAAGGACCUCAGUAUUCCGAAGAAGGCGUACUGCAAGGCGGAAUUGAGGGUUUGCAGAUCUUGGCACGAACGCUUCAAGGAACUGAUGCAGCGUCUGAAUCCGGUCAAGAUCAUACAACCACCGAGAAGCCAGCAGCUGAGAAAGCCGAAUCUACAACCACGAAAACCGAAGGUGAGGAAGAAACGCAGCCCUCGACAAAGACGGGCAGGCAUACACGGCAAUCUUCUGUCGUUGGUGGUGGAGUUGGUUCAGAGGAUACCGACGAUGAGGCUUUACUCAGUGAAGUAUCUUUAAAUGAUGCAACCACUGAUACCGACAAAGCAGCUUCAACAGAAGGCACUUCUCCAACUGAUGAUGCGCAAUCGAAAGAUGAAGGAUCGUCAGCGCAGAAAGGAGGCGAAGAGGAAAAAGCUGAUGGUCAGGAUGAUGAAGAGAUACGAUCUGUCCUUUCUCAUCUCUCUUUGGCGGAUUUGACCGCUCCUUCACCUUCUCCCUCAAAGCCGCCCUCUCCGAUUGAUGAUAUGCGUGAUUAUGUCAUCGGGGAUUUGUUGAAGAAGAAAUUCCUCGAAUGCGAUGUAAUUCCGACGAUCUUAUCGCUCUUCUUCGAGUUCCCUUGGAACAACUUCCUGCAUAAUGUCGUAUACGACAUCCUUCAACAAUUUUUCAACGGAAGGAUGGAUGUUGGGCUAAAUAGAAAACUCACUUUGGCAGUCUUCGAACAAGCAAAGCUCACAGAAAAGAUUGUCGAGGGAGAAAAGCGUAAUCAAGAAUCAUUGAAAUCGCCAAGAAAGAUUCGAUUAGGAUACAUGGGACAUAUGCAUUUGAUUGCAGAAGAGACUGUGAAACUGUUGGAGAGAUAUCCACAAGAGAUUGCACACUAUAUCGAGCCAUACAUCUCUCCUGAAUGGACGAACUUCGUUGAACAUCCAUUGAAAGAGAAUCGCGAGAAGGAGGCAGCCCCAUUGGCAGGAGGAAGACCGCAAAUGUUGCACUCGCUGUCUUUCCCACAACAUGGUGUAGGUGUUGCAGAUGGAGAUCUGGGUGCAUCAGGAGGUCAAUCAGUCGGUUCAGAUGCGUUUGCCAAUUAUUUAUCUUCUCAAAUGGGCACAGCAAAUGCUUCUGAUGAUGAUGAUUCGGACGAAGAUACGAAUUGGCUAUCACAAGAUAUUCGUCAACGCAAUUUGCACUCUGGAUCUGGUGACGCAUUUGAUGAUGCAUUCGAGCCUGACAUCGAAUCUGGUUCUGGCAUCGGCCGCAGAGGAAAUAGUAUAGAUAAUGAUGACGACGAUGAUGAUUGGGGACCGUUUGCCGACUCUUCAUCCUCGUCUUCAGCUGUUAUUGGAGGACCGAAUUCGGGCUCCGGAAGCAGUGCGCAAGCUUAUCUUACACCUGCCGACUGGGCAGCAGACUUCCAAAGGGAAACAUCAGCCAAUGAUGAUGUCCAAAGCUUCGACGGGGAUGACAACAGCUCAACAGCAUCAGAAAGCGGCAAUGCACUGGGAGAGGAAGGUGUACAAGUCGAACGAGCACGUUCCGACAGCGGUAGCAGUGACACAAAUGGAACACCAUUCGUUGACUUGUUGGACAGUGCAUCUCUUCGCGCUUCAGAUGUGGUAGCUGCAGCUCAUGCUAGAAGACCAAGUUUAGAGCAAUUGGAAGGUGUUCCUAAUACGGAAGCGCCAACAGCAGCGGGAGAAGCUUUAGAUGAAAAAGAUCCCCUCGGACCUGGAGUUGCGCCUGAUGCACAACCUAACCCCGUUUCUGGCUUGAUAGAACGGACGAUUGAUGGUCAAACGGUAAAAGUACCUCUUGAUGAAGUUGCGCUUUCAAAUAAAAUCAUAAAUAUCUUGUUUGACUUCACGCAUUUCUGCUUGUGA